GCAGGUGGGCAGUGCCACCGCCAGUCUCAACUAGCCGUCGCUCCUGCUGGGGACCCUGACUCUGUUCCCUGGGUAGCCCCUUGAGCGAAAAUUCCCGGAGCCACUUCCGGGGAGGGAGGCGCCACCUGUCCUGGGACGCGCCCCUUUCGCUCAACUUUCUUCUCCAGCCCGGCGGGGCACCCGCAGGUCAGCGUCGCGUCGGGCGCUGCUGGUGGCGGCUCACAGGGCCGCGGGUCACUUCGCGGCGGGGGAGCCGGGUUCAGGGCGCUCCGGGCGGCGGGCGCCGUCUCAGCCUGCCUGAGGCCCUUGUCCCGGCGGCUGCAUCUUGUAAACCGAGCAGCCAGAAGAUCCCGAGAUAGGACACCAGGGUGGCGGACGUCAAGGGGUUAAGGUCAGCGUGGGUGCCUCGCAGCCAGAGACGGGAGACCUGAGCCUGCCAUACUGAGUCUAUGGACAGUUCCACAGCAAUGAAUCAAUGCAGCUGUAGAGGAAUGGAAGAAAACAAGGAAAGGCCUAAACGGCAGCGGCAAAACAACUUUCCCAUGUUUCCCUCUCCUAAAGCCUGGAAUUUCAGAGGGCAAAAACGGAAACAGAGCACCCAAGAUGAAGAUGCUGUUAGCCUUUGCAGUCUCGACAUAAGUGAACCUAGUAAUAAACGGGUCAAACCCCUUUCCCGAGUCACGUCACUAGCAAACCUCAUCCCGCCCGUGAAGGCCACGCCAUUAAAGCGCUUCAGUCAAACCCUGCAGCGCUCCAUUAGCUUCCGCAGUGAGAGCCGCCCUGACAUCCUCGCCCCCCGACCCUGGUCCAGAAAUGCCGCCCCCUCGAGCACGAAACGGAGAGAUAGCAAGCUGUGGAGUGAGACCUUCGAUGUGUGCGUCAAUCAGAUGCUUACAUCCAAGGAAAUCAAACGUCAGGAGGCGAUCUUUGAGCUUUCCCAAGGAGAAGAAGACUUGAUAGAAGACUUGAAAUUAGCAAAAAAGGCCUAUCAUGACCCCAUGCUGAAACUCUCCAUAAUGACAGAACAAGAGUUGAAUCAAAUUUUUGGAACACUGGACUCUCUAAUUCCUCUACAUGAAGAGCUCCUUAGUCAGCUUCGAGAUGUUCGGAAGCCUGAUGGCUCGACUGAACAUGUUGGUCCCAUCCUCGUGGGCUGGCUCCCUUGCCUCAGCUCCUAUGACAGCUACUGCAGCAAUCAAGUAGCCGCCAAAGCUCUGCUGGACCACAAAAAACAAGAUCACCGAGUCCAGGAUUUCCUACAGCGAUGUUUAGAAUCCCCCUUUAGCCGCAAACUAGAUCUCUGGAAUUUCCUCGAUAUUCCAAGAAGCCGCCUGGUAAAAUACCCUCUGCUUCUCCGAGAAAUCUUGAGGCACACACCAAAUGAUAAUCCAGAUCAGCAGCACUUGGAAGAAGCUAUAAAUAUCAUUCAGGGAAUUGUGGCAGAAAUCAACACCAAGACUGGUGAAUCUGAAUGCCGCUAUUAUAAAGAGCGGCUUCUUUACUUGGAAGAAGGCCAGAAAGACUCCCUGAUCGACAGCUCUCGAGUCUUGUGUUGUCAUGGUGAACUGAAGAACAAUCGGGGCGUGAAACUGCAUGUUUUCCUGUUCCAAGAAGUGCUUGUGAUCACUCGAGCUGUCACCCACAAUGAGCAGCUUUGCUACCAGCUGUACCGUCAGCCAAUCCCCGUGAAGGACCUCCUGCUGGAAGACCUCCAGGAUGGAGAAGUGAGGCUGGGUGGCUCCCUGCGAGGGGCAUUCAGCAACAACGAGAGAAUUAAAAACUUCUUCAGAGUCAGUUUCAAAAACGGAUCCCAAAGUCAGACCCACUCGCUACAAGCCAAUGACACCUUCAACAAACAGCAGUGGCUUAACUGUAUUCGUCAAGCCAAAGAAACAGUUUUAUGUGCUGCCGGGCAAGCUGGGGUGCUUGACUCCGAGGGAUCGUUCCUAAAUCCCACCACCGGGAGCAGAGAGCUACAGGGAGAAACAAAACUUGAGCAGAUGGACCAAUCGGACAGUGAGUCAGACUGUAGUAUGGACACGAGUGAGGUCAGCCUCGACUGUGAGCGCAUGGAACAGACAGACUCUUCCUGUGGGAACAGCAGGCAUGGUGAAAGCAACGUCUGACAGAAGCAUGCGCACUUCGGGAAGCAGGCCUGCAUCUUACCUGUACAGUAUUUGCAUUCCGUAGAUGAAACGGUUUGGAGAAGCACUUUUUCAUACUUUUGUGAAAGUAUACAUGUUGGCCUAGUCUCUUGUAUCUGUACCUUUGUCCCUAGUACUGUAACUGCCAAUCUGUCUGUGUAAGCUGGAAUCUGUGGCAACUAUUACCCUGUGUUGUAUUUCACAAGUGUCUGGAUGGAUGGAGAGGUACUCAAACAAGUUACUUUCAGUUGUCCUGCUGGAUUUUAAAAAAAUAGGAAAAGAAUCUCAAAACUACUAUUUUACAUAGAUUGCUUGAAGAGUCCUUCCUCUUGUGCUUCUGUACCACUUUCCCAGCUCUUAGAUGUGGUAGCUAAAGGCACGGAAUUUAGAUGGCCUUGUAAAUAGGGCAUGAGGAAGUCAUCUGUGUAUCGGGAUGGCAUUAGAGAGGGAAUCAGGAAAGACUAACUCAUGAAGUGAACUUGGUUUGAUCUUACUCAACUAGAAAGCUUGAAAACAUCCCUGGGGAUUCUGAAGGCUUAAUUUUGCAAAGGAGGAUGCAUUGUCUGAACCUUGCAACUUCAUCCAGUGCAAGUUUGAUGCAAGAAUGUAUUAGGACAUAAAAUAGAGGCUGACCUUAAAAGGGCCAGGACAAAAGUGGCUGCCAGCUCUGAAUCUUUAACUGAAAUGCACAUGGCACCAGGAGGUGUCUCUCAUAGUUGGUUGCUAGCCCAAAACAUCAGAAUAGAACCCAAAGGGCUUAGGAAAGCCUGCCAAGAUAACAAGAAGGCCCUGUGUUCAUUGUGUUUCAUCUGCCUGGGCCUACUCAUUAUUUUAGAGAAUGAAUGAAGCAACAAGGAAGAGAGCCCAUGACUCUAUCGAUGACACUGUUUAUAGAAACACAGGAGAGGAAGAAUUUGGAAUGAAAAGCACUUCGUCAGAACCUUCUGUGGGAGCCAUUGAGAGAAAAGCAUGGUCCAGUGCCUUCUGAAAAGGGCCAGAGCCUUGGGCUUUCCUGCUCUGCUUUUGGGUCAUCACUUUGCCAUCUCUGGUUCUGUGCUAUAAUCAGAAUUGUAAUUAUGUUCUCCAGAGGCCAAUUUCAUGAACUCCGAUUAAUUAGGAUCAGCUAGCCAGAUUAGUAACCUCUUUGUCCAGCCUUGAUUUACAGUGCAGGGUAAAGUGCAGACCUUAAAAAUAGCUAAGUACCUAGAAGAGCUCCCUGCAAGUGUAAAUAUUAAAGAUGACCUGUGCAAAAUUAUACCCACACCAGCACUAGUGGUAAUUAUUCUAAAUUAUUGCCAAAAAGUUUUUUUUAAUCUGUCUUUCAAGUUUACAGGAAAGAAAGCAGUAAAUGCAUUGAUGUCAUUUUAUUAUGUACAUAUAUCAUGUGCAUUCAAGCUGUGUGACAAGAUAUAUCAAUAUAAAAACAAGGUGUAUACUUUAUUAUUUUUUAAAAACAAGGAUAUUGUGGUCAAUUUUACCCUGUAAAACAUAUUUCUGUAUUUAUAGAUCUUAAACAGGAUGCAUUUUUUCUAUUACAAGUUUAUUUAAAACUGCUUUGUUUCUCAAGUUGUUAUUGAUACAGCAAGUGAACCUGCUGCAGACAGAAGCAGAGGAAAGCCAAGAACAGCCUUUAAUGGUGAAGAAAAGAAUGAAUGAUUCUUUGUAGGAGCCAUCAGCCACUUUUAGAAGCCAUCAGCCAGUGUGUUGGGAAAAGAGGUUUGUCAAGUGUUGGCCUAUGGGAAGGUGGUCAAUGAAUGUUUUGAUGAAAUGAAUGUUUUUGUAUAAUGGCCUUAAACUUUUCUGGAAGUAUUUCAAAUAAAUUACAUUAUUAAGUCA